AAAAAUAAUAAUCUGGUCACCUCUUCUGGGAAGCUUAGCUUGAUAUGUGCACCCAAACUGUUCUUUCACAUUCCUGACCUUUUCCUCUAAUUACCUCAGUAUGUUGGUAUUACUGGCCUUUAUCUUGGAGUCUUUAACAAUGUUCCCUUGAACUUAGUGGUUCACGGAGCCACCGUCACCUCCUGCCUGUAAGCUUCCCAUGUAGGGACCAGGCGUGUGGACCAAGCAUGUGGAUGAGUUUCCCCACCAGGACUGCUGAUCAGUGACUCAGGCAACCAAACCAAGCUGUCUGUGGACAGGUCACUAGAUGCAAAAGGAAAACACAUCUCAUAGCUAAAAACAUUCCAUCUCUGAUAAGCUGCCCUGCAAAUAAGCAUAAAAUAUAUGGGAAAAAUUAGGUAGCUUUAAAAAUUCAUUGGACCAAUAGAGAAAUGAUCGACUCUACAGAGGUCACUUAUACUCAGAAAAUUUAUUCAAAAUAUAUUACCUUCCUAGUCUUGUGUUAAAUACAUAAGGUAGAAUACAGCCCUUAGAAUAGUGCUCCAAAUUUGGUAGAACUCAAUACACAGGCGCUGGGUUAAUGAAUUAGUUAAUUCAUCUUUUACAUCAGCCUCCUUUAAAUUCAGCCAGUGUGUCUGAGGAACCAGUGUGAGGCUCCACCUGUUCCCAGCGCAUUCAGUUUCCUCAACAGUGACCUGGAGGAAGAGGGGAUGAAGGAGCUGCUGGCGAUGUGCCUGAGGCGGUGAUGUGCACGCUGAGGAUGCCGGGCGAGAGGACCGGGAAGAGAAACGUCUGCCUGCUGUGACCUGGCAAGUCCCCAGUGGGACUUUUCAUAAGAUAACUUGACACACUCCCCCGACAGCCCUCAUCCCUCUAGGUCUGGACGGGAACAGGCCAUGGUCAACCACAGCUCCCCGGCAGGCUUCCUCCUGGGCUUCUCUGAACACCCAGAGCUCGAGAGACUCCUCUUCGCGGUUGUCUUCGCUUCCUACCUCCUGACUCUAGCUGGCAACACACUCAUCAUCCUGCUGUCCACACUGGACCCCAGGCUCCACUCCCCGAUGUACUUUUUCCUCUCCAACCUCUCCUUCUUGGACCUCUGUUUCACCACGAGCUGUGUCCCCCAGAUGCUGGCCCACCUGUGGGGCCCACAGAAGACCAUCAGCUUCCUUGGCUGUGCUGUCCAGCUCUUCAUCUUCCUGCUCCUGGGGACCACUGAGUGUGUCCUCCUGACAGUGAUGGCCCUUGACCGCUAUGUGGCUGUCUGCCAACCCCUCCACUAUGCCACCAUCAUGCACCCCCGCCUGUGCCGGCAGCUGGCCGCGGUGGCCUGGGUGAUGGGUCUGGUCCAAUCGAUAGUCCAGACACCACCCACACUCCGCCUGCCCUUCUGCCCCCACCGGCAGAUAGAUGACUUUGUAUGUGAAGUCCCUUCUCUAAUUCGACUCUCCUGUGGGGACACCACCUACAAUGAGAUCCAGAUGGCUGUUGCCAGUGUCUUCAUCUUGGUGGUGCCCCUCAGUCUCAUCCUGGUCUCUUACGGUGCCAUCGCCCGGGCAGUGCUGAGGAUCAGCUCUGCCACAGCAUGGAGGAAGGCCCUGGGGACCUGCUCCUCCCAUCUCGCUGUGGUCACCCUCUUCUACAGCUCAGUCAUUGCCGUCUACCUCCAGCCCAAAAGUCCCUAUGCCCAGAGGAGGGGCAAGUUCUUUGGUCUCUUCUAUGCGGUGGGCACGCCUUCGCUUAACCCUCUCAUAUACACCCUGAGGAACAAGGAGGUCAAGAGGGCGCUUGGGAGGUUGCUGGGGCAGGACGAGGACUCCAGGGAGAGCUGAAGGAGAGAUGCUUCAUGUACUUUAAAAAUGAGAGGAGCUUCUUCACGGUUUUGUCAGGAAGUUUGUGCUCCUACCCCCCCUCUUCCUCACACCCAUCACAUCGCAGAAAUGGAUAACACCCACGUGUGUGUGCGUACGUGUGAGUGUGGGUGUAUGUAUGUGAGAAAAAGACAGAGACUGAAAAUGUGUUAAGGGGAGGUAUGUAUCUCUGUGUGAAACAGAUGAAUCAAAUGUAAUACUUUCUGUUUUUAAUGGUCUUCACCUCCAUGAUGACGUCCCUAAUUUUUUCAUCUCCGUUUCAAUAUCACGUCUCAUGUCAUCACUAUUUCUUCACCUCCAUUUCUAUUUUCUACUGUAUAUUCUUUACUUCUCCCCCAAGCUUUUUCCACUUCCUCAUGUGUGUGUUUUGCAUUCUCACUCUAUUAUCCCCUCAAAUGACAGCAGGGAGUGGGGGAAGCUGAAGCCUAAGAAGAAAGUCAGUCCAGAACACACGGUGUUAGGACUAAAACUCACACGGUGUUAGAACUAAAACUCAGGCCCCCGUGACUUCCAGCCGGGCAACUUCUCAAAUACAUGCUGUUGUUUUCAUACGGUCAUCAAACAUUUCAGUGUCCUUAGGCUAAGAGCCAGAACAGAGCCUCAGGAAGAAAGCUUAACUUUUUUCUUUGACAGCACUCACAAAUCACAGAGAAACAGCUCAGACAUCAACGUUGAUGCCUGCGGGAGAGCUUUGACAAUGCAGACUUUGGUGCCAUCUAGUGGCAAAAUGGGGGUUUUGCAUCUGGCAUCCCAGACUCCUAAGGCCUCUCCAUGUCUGUCAUCAGUCCUGUGCUCUUGUUCAGAAAGGUGAUUAUUAUGGUAUUAUCAGAUAUUUAUAUACAGGUUUUGAUAUCCCAGCGGCCAUUUGAAGUAAUUUACACAUAUUGGCUGAUUUAAUUAGAGUGUUUUAACAGAACACAGAAGCAGAUAAUAUUGUUAUCGUUUUUCAGAUGCAGUGUAAGUAGCCGCUUAAAAAUGUCAGAGAUUUGGACCCAGGUGGCCUGAUUCAAGUUUACUGAGAUUCAAGUUUAUCAAUCAAAAGAUUGAUACAAAUAGUGUCUCCCCAGUCCUGGUGAGAAGUCUCAACCUCUCAGUAAACUUUGAGGAAAUAAUUUCAGUCUAGAAAUAUGUCUAAUUUGAUCCCCUAGCUGAAGGAAGUUUGCUUCCUUCCCUGGAAUAAGAGUUUAUCAAAUGCUCCACCUGAAGUACCCCAUGAGAAGAAGAAACACAAGCCUGCUCGGAGGAAGUCUCGGUACAGCGCGUGAUGGGCACGCCUGGCCUCCUUCAUUCACUAGAUCUGACUCCUGGAAGCAAGGCCUGGAAUGUUGCGGAAAAUUGGCCCCCAAUUAGGUCUAGAAAUGAAUGAAUGUCUCCAGAGAAGGUGUAAAGUGUCCUGGGUUCCUAAUCUCACAGAUGCUGUCUCCCAGCUUUCCCCUGGCAAUGACAAUACCAAAUUCUCUUGGGUGCGACGCUGAUGAAAUAAGAAAAAAGAAAAUUUAAAAAAAAAAGAAAAGAAAGAAAAAGGAAAAUCCGAGUUUUGUUCUAGUCCCAACGCAAAAUAGCUUUGAUUCAACAUUUACUCUGGCAUCAGCACAGAACAGCAGCAUUAACUCUAUUUUCAACCUAAUCUUCAUUUUUGCCUCCAUGUGCUAAUCUUCUUGUCUCCUCGGCCUCCUAAUUAGAUUGUACCCUAAUCUCAAUAGGGAUCCCCAUUUUCUAUUCAAUACUAAUCUCAACCACACGAGGAAUGCUAACUCUAAUUCCACUUCUCAAAUCACUUAUGUAACACCUUCUUCUUGUGACCACCUCUGUCCUCUUCCCCUGGGACCUGGAAACCUCUGCUCUUUGUGCCGGUUCCUCAGCUCCCUGUGCCCUGGGGCCUUAAUGUCCUCAGACUGCAAAGUCCUUUCCAGAUAGACUCACAUGGAAAUACAGCAGAGAAGUCAAUGAAGCAGUGUAAAGAAUUUCUUUUAAUGAAAACCGACGUGUUGAAUAAAUGUUUUAACAGGCUUUAGGACUGAUGCCUUAUUCUGAAUCCUUUCAGCCUGUGUGGACAGUUGUCUACUCUAGAAGAAAAUCCAGCCUGAGAUUGUUCAGUCACAACCCUCAAAGUGUCCAAAGGCCAUCACGUUGGUCAGAGACAUAACUGCCACGUAAGUAACUGCUACACAACUGAGUUGGGGGCAAUUAAGAGGCCAAAGUCAUACAGAAUGAAAGAAUAAAGUGUUUGGGCAACGUGGGUGGGCAUCAGAGAAUUCUCCUCACAGGGUUGAAACACAGCAGAGGGAACAAAAUUAAUAGACAUAUUUGCUGAUUUACUGUGGGGAAGUGCAACGGAGCAGGGCCCUGUGGGGGUCCUGAACACAAAAGCCUUUCUGCGUCCCUUAUUUCUUGUUUUUGGGAAAUGGGCCUCUUUCCGCCUCCCUGAGCUUUCCUGAGUUCCAAAGGGCAGGUUCACGCAGUUGCUAAUCAGGAAAAGGAGGGGAUGGGUGACCAGGGAGGAGCAGCCAGGAAACAAUAGCACAGCCUUGGGGUGGGGUCUCGGUUCCCCCUCAGGGUGUAUACAUCACAAUAUCUUCCGGUUCUGCAGAACUAAAAGCCCCAACAAACGAAAGCAGUUAACUCCUUGAUGUAGCAUCCUUCACUCCAGAAGGAAGGAGGCCCCCAGAACCAGUCCCAGGGCCACUAAAUGCCAGCUUUGAAGAAGAAUGCAAGUGUACAUCUACCCUGAUCCUUAUCUGUGGCUUUAUGAUCCACUCCCAAACUGUAAGACUGAUAGGGAUGGAGUAGGAACAGGUAGUUGUGGAACAGGUAGUUGUGGAAGUAAAGGACCCAUGGAUAGAGAGGGAAACCUAUGGGACAUUGGGAGAUCACUGUAAGUUAACAGUGGCUCUGGAAGGCCAUCAGAGCCAGGCAGGCUUGCUUGACUA